CGGGCCUUUGUUUACUAGUGGCAGGUCACCGUCCGACCCGGCAGUUCUCUUCUCGCCGAGGAUCUCUGGUCGUCUUUCUCGUCCCAUUGUAGAGCGACCCAUCAUCUUAAUGGAUGUUUCACACAUUUAGAGGAAUGUUGUGAUGAUGGCAUCACCCGCCCCUUCAGUAGAUUCUUUGGUUGGGAUUAAUUCAACAAACCCUCAUAUAGAGCAAGAAUAUACAUCAUCAUAUCCAAGUGAUUCUCCUGUCACAGUUUCACCAACAACAUCAGUUACCAGUAGUAGCAGUAUUGGAAGUGGUGGUCAACUGAAUACUCGUUGUGGAUUAUGCCACGAAACCUUUGUUAAUCCUAAAGUUCUGCCUUGUUUGCACACUUUUUGCCAAUAUUGUUUAGAAAGAAAUCAGGAACAUACUGAUAAACUUAAUUGUCCUCGUUGUCAGCAAGAGUGUUCUCUCACUUCCAAAGGUGUUUCAGCUCUUUUACCCGAUUUUGCUGUCAAAAGUGUCAUUGAAGCACUAGAAGAUCCAAAAGUUCAUUGUACAAGCUGUAAGAGCAAAACUUCAAACGCUGUUGCACGCUGCUACGAUUGCAAUCAUUACUUGUGUCCUAAUUGUGUGAUGGCACAUCAGUUUAUGCAUUGUUUUGAAGGUCAUAGAGUCCUUACCUUAUCAUCUGAAACUGUAAAAGAAGAUUCAAAGAACGGUAUGGCUUCACCUACUGAAAAAGUUGUUCCUUGUCCUCGUCAUAAAAUGGAAGCUCUUAAGUAUUUCUGCAGAACCUGUAAUGUUCCUGUUUGCAAAGAAUGCACAAUGAUUGAUCAUCCUGCAAGUCUUCAUGAAUGUGAACACUUAAGUGAAGUAGGCCCUAAGCAAGUUGAACUAUUAAAUCAGACAAUACAGGAAAGCAAAUCAAAAGCAACUGAUAUCAGAAAUAUGUUAAAGACAUUAGAACAUUCUUCAGGGCGAUUACAAGUACAGUAUCAUAAAGCUCAGAACGAAAUUAAUGAUACAUUCCAGUUUUACAGAUCUAUGUUAGAAGAAAGAAAACAAGAACUCCUGAAAGAACUGGAGAGUGUUUUUUCAGCCAAACAAAUGUCACUCAGUGUAUUUAGCCAAAAAGCUACUGAGACUGUGGAUAAAAUAUAUAAUGCCUGCGAAUUUUAUGAAAGACUUACAAAGCAUGCAAGUAUUGUUGAAUGUUUAAUGUUUAAAAAACUAAUUGACACCAAACUGCAAGGUUUGACUACAUUUAAUGUUGAUGCGAACAUCCAAACUGUGUAUGAUCUAGAAUUUGUUUCAAAUUACCAAGCAAUUCAGGUUGGCGUGAGGAAUACAUUUGGCUAUGUUAGAUCGAGUUCUGAUGUGAAUUUAGGUCCAAGUAAACAACCGCCUAUUGCUAGACCAAUCAAUGGAAUUCAUUUGAAUGGUAGUUCAAAUGGAGUUAGUACUUCUUCUAUACAUAUUGUAAAUGGGAAUACCAUUACCAAUGGUUUAAAUGGACUUUCUGAAAGACCUUUUGCCAAUGGAUUGUCAAAUCCAGGUUCUCAAUUUGAAUCGAACAUUAUUUCAAAACGAUUCAGUACAGCUAACUCAUUAGGCCCAUUCUCAACAUCAUCUGUUAGUGACAUUAACAUCAAUAGUGUGAACUCAUAUGAAAAAUGGUCAAAUGGUUCAGAUAUGUUCCCAAAUGGAACUUCAGAACACUAUUCAUUAUCACUUGCUAACCAUGGGGAUUCUAUGUUAGAUAUAAGUUCAAAGCUUCUUUCAACAUCAAUUUUUCCUCCAAAAUCACAAAUAAAGCGCCAAAAGAUGAUUUAUCACUGUAAAUUUGGUGAGUUUGGAGUUCUUGAAGGUCAAUUUACUGAACCUAGUGGAGUAGCAGUAAAUGCCCAAAAUGACAUAAUUGUUGCUGAUACAAACAACCAUAGGAUUCAAAUAUUUGAUAAAGAAGGGAGAUUUAAAUUCCAGUUUGGUGAGUGCGGCAAAAGAGAUGGCCAAUUACUUUAUCCUAAUAGAGUGGCUGUUGUAAAGACUUCUGGUGAUAUUAUUGUAACUGAACGAUCUCCUACCCAUCAAAUUCAAAUCUAUAACCAGUAUGGACAAUUCGUUCGAAAAUUUGGAGCGAAUAUUUUACAGCAUCCUAGAGGGGUGACUGUUGACAGUAAAGGAAGAAUUGUUGUGGUUGAAUGUAAAGUAAUGCGAGUAAUAAUUUUUGAUCAGAACGGGAGUGUUCUUCAAAAAUUUGGAUGUUCCAAGCAUUUGGAAUUUCCAAAUGGUGUAGUUGUAAAUGAUAAGCAGGAAAUAUUCAUCAGUGAUAACAGAGCUCAUUGUGUAAAAGUCUUCAAUUAUGAAGGGGUUUUCUUGAGACAAAUUGGAAGUGAGGGAGUCACUAAUUACCCGAUAGGUGUUGGUAUUAAUUCAUCUGGUGAAAUAUUGAUUGCUGACAAUCACAAUAAUUUUAAUCUAACAAUAUUUACUCAAGAUGGCCAACUUGUAUCUGCACUGGAAAGCAAAGUAAAGCAUGCUCAAUGCUUUGAUGUUGCAUUAAUGGAUGAUGGUUCUGUUGUCCUUGCCAGUAAGGAUUAUCGUUUAUACAUUUAUCGUUAUGUUCAAAUCCCUCCAAUAGGGCUUUAAAUAUUUUAACCAGUUGACACUUUUGUAUUGACCAUUCCAGACACUUUGUUGGUGCAUUGUUAUUUUUUUUUUUUUUGGAAUGGAAUUUAUCUUUUUACCUAUCUAUUUAUGUGGUUUUAACUUAUGCUUAUUGUUAAAUUGUGACAGUUUUAAUAUUAUAAUAUCAAUUUUG